CGGCUGCUGCUACCUACGGCCGUGGUUUCAUAAACGGCUACGAAGGAUGGCCGCCCGCGUCGUGGGGAGCGAUCCUGUCGCAGGGGAACGAAGAAAGAGCUGCGACUUGUGCUGCUCGAGGAAAAGGCGCUGCGAUGGAGACGGCAUCAACCCUUGUACCCUGUGCGCGACCAAGGGCGUGACGUGUGCCUACAGCAAGAAGGGAAGAAGGGGUCCUAAGCCGAAACCUAAACGUGGACGUGAGGGUGAAGGGAUGUUCCUGUUCGGUGGCGAGACGGAACGAGGACGGGUCGGGGAAGGGGGCAUUCGGAGCAUGCUGGACUGGGGGGGGCAGCAACAGCAGCAGCAACAACAGCAGGACGAAAUCCGGGGAGCGAUGAUCCACGUCCUGAGCUAUGGCCAGUUCGGCAUGCCCAGUGUCGAUGGCGAGUCCUUCUACUCUCCCUCCACGGACUCUUCCACUGCGGGGGGUACGAGCACCGGCAGCGGUAGCGGCGUUGGGGAAGAGCCAAGCCUCAAGCUCAUCCGGCUGAAGGAGGGAGGGCUGGGCAUUGCGGCCGGGACUCCCGCUGGGGCGGACGGAGGCGGGAGCGAGAGGGACCUGAAGCAGCGGGCGCAGCGGGCGAGACUUUCGGCGGGGGUGGCGUGCCUGUGGGCCGGGAUAGGGGUUGGUGCGAUGCUGUGCGGCCAGACGGCGGAGGCCACCUCGGGCUACGCAGAGAACGCCAGGGAGGCCAUCAAGGGGUGCUACGACGUCGUUUCGGAGGAGGUGUUAAGGGCGUUCUUGUGCCUGGCACACAUGCACUCUUUCCGGGAAGACUUCACCAAGUUCUUCCGCUACACGGCCAUGGCCAACGAUGUCGCGGCUUCCUUGGACCGACAGGCGUCGGCAAAGCUACCACAAGGUGGCUCCCGUGGCUCCCAGCCCAAGCAGCAGGGGUGCUCGGAACCGGCGAAAUUUCUCCUCAAGUGCUUCGAUGCCAUGAGCCAUUUCUUGGAGCUCGAAGGAGAGGAAAGCAACUCGCCAAUAACGGGAAUUGUCGCUCCACCGCUGGCCCGCGGCGCCUCCAGCAGCGGCGGCGGUAGCGGUAGCGGUAGCGGUAGCCGGCGAAGCGGCGGGGCGGGCGCGGGGUCAACCUCCGACGCCGUCGCCGCGGCAGCCGCCGCUGCAGCCGACGACGAGAUGGGUCAGACCGGUGGUAGAGCGAGAGCAGGCGCCCGCAUUGCCGAGGACAACGGGAGUAGUGGCGUGGGCGGGGGCGGCGGCGACGAUUGGCAAUCCAGGAGCGAGGAGGGGAAGACAGCGGAGGGGGGAGGGGACGGCCCGGAUAGCCCGGGGGCCGCGGCGGCGGCGGCGGGGUGCAAGGAGAAGGAGAAUGAGCCGCGAAUGCUGUCGCAGAACGAACUCUCUACCCUGAAGGAGAAGGCCAUCUUGGCGGGAGCUUUGCGGUCCAACCCGUCAGCGUUAGCCCACGAGGAGUUCCCCGGCCUCAAGAGCGCGGUGCUUGUCCAGGAGUGCAUCAGCGUCCUCGGGGACAACCCCGUGGCGAAACAUCUCGGAAACUUCGCCCUCUCCUCCGCCGCUGCAAAGAAGGGCCAAGGCCGAGGGGCAGGCGGCAGCGGCAGGGGGGAGGAGGCGAAGCGGCGGCACGAGGGCGACGGCGACGGCGCCAUCAUGCCCGCGGGCGAGGGCGGCGCGGGCAGCGGGAGCGGCGGCGGUAGCUCCUCCGACAACAGCGACGGCGGCCUCGAGUUUCCGCCUAUGAAGACGAACCAGGUGCUGUUCGUGGGAGACACGCGGAUCUUGGAGGUGUCGAUGGGCGUGGACUGCUCCUGCAUCAGCGUAAUGUGCAAGGCGGUGGCGGGGAAGCCCUGGGCGGAGAUCAAGGAGGACGCGCGGGACGUGGCCAACACCGCGGACGCUAUCCUGGUCCCGGUGUUGGCCUCCCCGACCAUCUCGCGGUCCGUCUGCGCCGUGAAGCUCCUGGCGAACUCUGCCUUCUCGCACCUCUGCCUGGGCAACGCUGAAGCCGCGAUGAGGGCCGUCCGUCGGUUCUCCGCCAUCCUCGAGGAGUUCCCCGGUAUCGUCAGGCGAACGGGGUUUCCGCCGUGGAGGCACUGCUUCCACUGGAUGGCGGGGAUGCUGGAGUCUGCGGGGCUUCGCGACCUGUACGAUGGCUUGAGAGACGGGCUUGCCACGAUCAACAUGAAGAGCAUGCGAAAUCUGCCUGAGUUUGGGAAGGGGGCCCACGACAUCAUGUGCAAGUGCUCGCACUUCCGCUGCCAGGCGACACAUCGGGCUCUCGCGGAGCACGCCAAGCUCGACCCGUUCGGUAGCUUCCACAUCCCGCACCACUGCCCGCAGUUCGGGCCCGCGGCGGAAGCGGCUGCGGCGAGCGGUGGCAAGUCGACGACCUUCCGUGCGGGUCGCGAGGCGUCGGAGUGGGCCGCGAAGCUGAGCACUGUUGAUUCGCGGAGCUCCGGCGGCGGCGGCGGCGGCGGCGGCGGCGGCGGCGGCCGGGGGGGAAUCACCAGCGGUGCCGCCGCUGCCGCCGCCGUCGCCCCCCCCCGGCGAGACACAGCAGCCUCCAAGACCUCCGCCGCCGCCGCCGCCGCUGCUCCUGCGGCCGCCGCGGCGGCAGCCGCCGCCGCCGCUGCGAGGUUAAAGGCUCCACCGGCGGUGGCCAGGCCGACCGCCGCCGCGCGGCUGGUGAGGACGGCGGCUCCGUCGAUGGCGGCGCCGAGGAUGCCGAUGCCGGCGGCGGCGGCAGCGGCGGCGGUGCAAACCGACUCGUCCCACAAGGGUGGCGGUGGCGGCAGCGGCAGCUGCAGCGGGGGGGUGUCGCAGAGAGAGAUGAUGUUUGGCGGUGUCGGGGCGGCCGGGGCUGCGGCGGUGGCCGACAGGCCCAUGACGCGGACGAUGCCGGCGGCGACGGUGGCGGCGGCGGUGGCGAUGAAGGGGGCACGAGGAGGCGCAGCUCCUCGGCUUGUGCCUUUGGAGGAGGAGCAGCGCUGGCGAACCAUGCCCGGCGUGGGCGGCCAGAGCCACCCAUCAGGGAUAGGCGAGGCCUUGUCUUCCUUUGACACGUUUUCGGGCACCGGCGGCGAAGGGGUCAACCUGUCCGCCGCCCCGGGCAGCGUCCCCGGGCUACCGCCGGGCAUCGACGCCGCCGCCACCACCGUCACCAGCUUCUACAUGGGUAACCACGGCGGCGGCGGCGUCGGUGUCAGUGGCGGCGGCGGUGGGGCCGGAGUCGCGCCACCGCCUGUGCGGGCCGCGAGUUGUGGUGCGGCAGGGGGCGGCGGCGGCGGCGGCGUGGCCAUGUCGAGCGGGUUUGUUAGCGGCCGCGCGGGGGCGGGCGCGGGGGCGGCGGGCUCGGGCCUUGCGACUUUCGGCCACUCCAACCAGCAGCUGUGGGGCGCGGCGUAUGGGGGAGAGUCGAGCGGCAACCUUGACGUGGGUUGGGUUGUUUUUGAGGAAGGAAGCACGAGAGUUUUGAUGAACGGCGCCGCUGGGGAGCAAGAAGAUGCACCGGACUUCGAAGAGUUCGCUCCUGAGAUCGACUUGAUGAUUACGGAUGGAACCAAGGCUGGAUGAUCUCCCUCGAAAAGCUAAAAGAAGGAGGCAGAAAUUGUACUGUAAGAGACGGCAUCCUCCCUGUAAAAUAGCGUGGCAUUGGCAUUGGAACGCUGGCGUUGGUUGUUGAUUGUUUGUUGUCGAUUGGUGGGGGGAACAGCCUGUUCUGAUUGUUUCGGUAACCUAGACUUGUAUGAUUGAGAGAGCGGGGCGGCCUGCGCACGGUACUCAGCAGCAGCAGCAGCAGCAGCAGCAGCAGCAGCAGCAUCCGGUCGCUGUUGAUGAAGAGUGGUUGCUUGCUCGGUGGAAGCGUUCGUUGGCUAAUGGGUGCGCCCUGUGUUGGUUUGUUUGACGAUUGAGAGCGCCCCGCGGAAGGGUGAGUAAGGCUCAUGCGAAGCUGCGAAGCGGCGCCUACAAGUGUGUGUGUGUUCGCGCCUUCGCUCGCUGACAAUUCUAUAGCCGGGCGAGAAGCAUUUUUUGUCCUUGUCUGGCUCGGUUGGGAGGCACCCCAAGGGUAUACUGCCAUCGGAAUAGGCCCCGGUUGGUAUCUGCGCCCUUCGGUUAUUACAUGGAUGGAUAUGUUUGGAAUUGGCCUUCACAUUUAGUUUGGAUCGCAUUGCGGUGGGCGUGUGCCAUAUGUUUUUCUUGGAAUGUAUAUUGCGGUGGUUAUAGGUUGGGAGCCAGAUUUUUUUUCCCACAUAGCCUGCAUGCGCGGUGGGGUUUUGACGUAGUGCGUGGGCUUUUUACUAUCGUGUCUGCUUUGGUUCUUCCUCCUCAUUCGCUGAAAACAUUGGCUGGGUAUUGAUAUGGUUUUCACGUACGUGCGUACUUACAGCUUGUCCCUUGUUUCGUUUUUUUCUAGGCGUGGUGAAGAAAAGUUCACGAGAAUGUUGUUAGAGCUUGGUAAGUUGUCCUUUUGACUACUCUGCAUAGGCAUCUGUUUGUUCGUCGGCUAUGUAUACGGGCUCUGGGUGAUGGGAGUUUAGGCUGGGAGGCUUUCUUCUGCGAACUCCCUUGUACGCCCGGCUCGGCUCGUGUCAGUAGUCUGUUUAUCCAUGGGUCAAAACUUAGUUGUGUGCGAAACUGGACAUGGUUUGCUCUUUUUGUUCGCCCUCUUCGCACUAUCCCGGGGUGGUGCCUCGUGUUUGUUGCUUCUUUCUUUUAGGUCUGAAUGUUUGUUGGCGUUCGUUUUCCAAUCUGUUGGCGGAGCAACAUUGCCACGCUGCGUGCUCGCGUGCGUGCAUGCGUGCGUGCGUGCGUGCGUGCGCAUCAGUUCUCUCCCAAUAUACAUACAUUUUUUUUUCCGUGUGUGUAGAGAAAAGAAAGGAAAGACUUUUCCAUGUUAAUGGUGAUGAUGAUGGGUGAUGACCAACGGCGGUGUUGUGUCGUGUGUCGUCUCUUUUGUCGUUUUGUUGGAGUUCUAGUGGGUUUCGGGGGGCAGCGGAACAGACGUACGGAAGAUUUUUUGGCCAGCCUGGCGUAUGCACAUUUGAUCGCGCUGUGUGUGCAGCUGUGCGGAGCGGUUCCGCGCAAGGGCCCUGAACGGGGAGUUGUAUUGUCCGGGGAGGGGUCGUGUUUCGGGAAGGGGGUGGGUGGGGGGGUCAUACACGUUUAUCUUGCGUCCACGCGGAGAUUGAAAUGGUUCAGUCCAUUGUGGACGCUGCUGUUAUUGUGUUAUGACGGUGCACCUAGACAUGCAAUCCCGUGCAACCAGAACAUACCGUCACAAAGCAGCAAACACGGAUGUACACAUCCAUCGGCCAAAAAGUAGAAGUAGCAUAUGUACACAGCUGUCUGUUUUAUGUUUUUGCCCCAUUUCGGCGGGCUUUUUUAGCUACAGCAGUAGUCUAACGUUUUCCGGCGAGGAAGCUCCUAUCUUUGCAUCUGAAGGGGGGGGAAGCGGAAGUGGUACUGGGCGAAGGAGGUCGAAAGGUUUCCAAUUGUGAAGGCGACGGACAGAGCAAUCAACUAGUAUGA